AUUGCUUCCCCAUAAUUCUUUUAUCCAAUCUUGAAAAUUCUUAAUUGUUUUUGCCCAUAAGUAACAAUUAAAUUUCCCCAUCCUUUGUGAUUUCACACCUCCUCUAUUUAAAGGGGGCCUCUCUUCCAUUCUACAAAAUAUUCACAACACUCACCAAACAAACAAACAAUCUUGAAAAAAUAAAAAAAAUAAUAUAAUAUGAUAAUGAAGUUCUUGCUAGCUCUUCUCUCAUUGGUUCUAAUAAUCGGUCUCGUGGAGAGUUUCGAUUUCCACGAGAAGGAAUUGGAAACCGAAGAGAGAUUGUGGGAUUUAUACGAGAGGUGGAGGAGCCACCACACCGUCUCGAAGAAUAUCGACGAGAAGCACAAGCGCUUCAACGUGUUUAAGGCCAACGCUCACUACGUAAACGAUUUCAAUAAAAAGGACACUCCUUAUAAGUUGAAAUUGAAUAAAUUCGCGGAUAUGACUAGCCACGAGUUCAAGAGCGUCUACGCGGGCGCAAAAGUCAAACAUCACCGCAUGCUCCUAGGUAACGUACGAGGAAAUGGAACAUUCAUGUACGAGAACGUACGAACCGUUCCGCCCUCCGUUGAUUGGAGGAAGAAAGGAGCCGUCACCGAUGUCAAAGAUCAAGGGCAAUGUGGUAGUUGUUGGGCGUUUUCGACGGUGGUGGCGGUUGAAGGGAUAAAUCAAAUCAAGACGAACAAUUUAGUUUCGUUGUCCGAGCAAGAACUCGUUGAUUGUGACACCGAGCAAAAUCAGGGAUGUAACGGAGGAUUGAUGGAUUUGGCAUUUGAAUUUAUUAAAAAGAAAGGAGGGAUCACAACAGAGAAAAAUUACCCUUACACAGCUGCAAAUGGGAGGUGUAAUGGCAAAAAGGAGAACUCUCCGGUUGUCGCAAUCGACGGGCACGAAAACGUUCCCGUAAACGACGAAGAGGCGCUGUUGAAAGCAGCGGCUAAUCAGCCUAUAUCGGUUGCUAUCGAUGCUGGAGGUUCCGAUUUUCAAUUCUACUCCGAGGGAGUGUUCACAGGGCAAUGCGGCACGGAGCUCGAUCACGGGGUAGCGAUCGUAGGGUACGGAACAACCCUAGACGGAACGAAAUAUUGGACGGUGAAAAACUCGUGGGGAGGCGAAUGGGGAGAGAAGGGAUACAUAAGGAUGAAACGUGGGAUUGAAGCAAAAGAAGGAUUAUGUGGGAUUGCAAUGGAAGCAUCUUAUCCAAUCAAGAACACAUCAAGUAAUCCUGGACAAGAUGCUGAGUCAUCAAUCAAGGAUGAACUCUGAGUCACAGUACUUUCAAGAAUAUCUGUAUUUCCAUUAAUUAUCUAUAUUUGCAUUAUUAUUAAAAUCAAGAAGCCUUGCAUUUUACUAUUGUUUAGUGAACUACUUCAGACAAAAGAAUUUCUGAAAAAUUGUAAUUUUCUUGAAACUAUAUGUACUGAUCAGGUGCACUGAUUUAUAAAUAAAUUGUUCUAUAUGUUA